CAUUCAAGUCUAUGUGUGCCACUACCACACUUAUCUCUGAGCUCCGCGCAGAAAUUGCUCUCUCCUCUCCUCUCCUCUCCUCUCCUCUCUGCAAGCUCGGUGUUCAUCCUAGGAUACAACUGAGACAAGGGAAAGUUCUAAGAAGCCAGGAGCACCACACGCUUGAUGCUUCUCCCCCUUUUCUUGUGAUGCAGCUGUAUAGCAUCGAUCUCAAUCUUGCUUCAAGAGGGAAUCGGUUUUGAAUCAAGCAAACAGAUUCAGAGUACAUUCAGCAGUGCUUCAGUUCCUGAAAACAUAACGAAUGAGGAUACUUCCAGAAAGCAUGAAGCUAUUAGCGUUUGUGUUAGUUUUAUUGGGAUGCCUACAGUCUUUUGUUGUUUCUGACUUCCAAGUCAAAGCACUUUAUGAAAUGAGAAUGCAACUCAACGACAACCGUGGUAUCCUAAAAGACUGGAAGGAUAAUCAAAUGAGCCCCUGCUAUUGGGCUAAUGUUAUUUGUCAGGACACCAAAGUUACUGAGAUAACUUUGAGCUCAUCUGGGUUAACAGGAGUCUUGUCGCCCAGCAUUGCACAGAUAACAACUUUACAGCAGCUGUUAUUGGACGGAAACAACAUAACUGGAGGAAUUCCUCAAGAGUUUGGGAACCUAUCAAGUUUGACAACUCUAAAACUAGCAAGAAAUAAUUUAAAUGGCUCAAUACCUGACUCUCUUGGCCGUCUUUCAAAACUCCAAAAUCUGGAUCUAAGCCAAAAUCUCUUAAGCGGGAAUAUCCCAAGCUCUUUCUCAAAUCUUCCAUCGCUGAAUGAUAUUAAUCUAGCAUAUAAUAAUGUUAGCGGUGAAAUACCAAAACAUCUACUCCACGUGGCUCAAUACAACUAUACAGGCAACCAUUUGAAUUGUGGCCAACAUUUAUUUUCAUGUGAAGGAGGCAGCACAAUUACAGGCAGAUCAAGAAGCUCCAAGCUCAAGGUGAUUCUUGGAAGCAUUGGUGGAGCAGUCACUCUUCUUGUCAUUGGAGUUCUAUUUUUGCUAUGGUGGCAAAGAAUGCGUUAUCGACCUGAAAUAUACAUUGAUGUUUCCGGUCAGAAUGAUCACAGGCUAGAGUUUGGACAGAUAAAGCGGUUCUCAUGGCGAGAACUCCAGAUUGCAACCAACAAUUUCAGUGAACAGAAUGUUCUUGGCAAGGGUGGUUUUGGUAAGGUAUACAAAGGAGUUCUUACAGGUCCAGACAGUACAAAGGUUGCAGUGAAGCGAUCGUUGAAAGUGGAAAGUUCUGAAGGGGAAAUGGCUUUCCUCAGAGAAGUUGAAUUGAUAAGCAUUGCUGUGCACAAGAACAUAUUGAGGCUGAUAGGGUUCUGUACAACACCAACAGAGAGGCUCUUGGUCUACCCUUUUAUGGAGAAUCUGAGUGUUGCUUCCCGUUUAAGAGAUAUAAAACUAAAUGAACCAGCAUUAGAUUGGCCAACAAGAAUGCAAAUUGCUCUUGGUGCUGCCCGUGGUUUGGAAUAUCUUCAUGAACAUUGCAAUCCCAAGAUCAUCCACCGUGAUGUCAAGGCUGCGAACGUCCUGCUUGAUGGGAAUUUUGAAGCAGUGGUAGGAGACUUCGGGUUAGCGAAGAUGGUGGACAUAGGAAGGAAUACAGUGACGACGGGGCUCCGUGGGACAAUGGGCCACAUAGCUCCUGAGUACAUAAAGACAGGAAGGCCAUCAGUGAAGACAGAUAUCUAUGGAUAUGGUGUCAUGCUGUUAGAGAUUGUGACAGGAGAGCGUGCAAUUGCAUUCUUUCCUGACCGUAUGGAAGAAGCAGGCGAGAUCAUGCUCAUUGAUCAGGUCAAACUGUGCAUGGAAGAAGGGCGGCUGCACGACAUUGUGGACAGCAACCUAGAGGGUGAAUACAACUGCAACGAGUUGGAGAAGAUUACCCAGAUAGCACUGCUCUGCACCCACAUGGAACCUGAUCAACGCCCUGCAAUGUCUGAGGUUGUGCAGAUGCUGGAAGGAGAGUUUGUCCCGGUAGAGCGUUGGGAGGAGUGGCAGCUGGCUGAGCUCAAGCGUCGACAAGAGCAUGAGAUGAGGCAGCAGCGCAAGCUGUUUAGCUUCAGUGAAGAGUCUCUAAACAUCCAGGAAGCCAUUGAGCUGUCUGCUGCCAGAUGAGCUGCAAGAUCAUUCAAAAGUGACAUGAAUUUCACUUGUUCCUUCAGUACAAAGGAUGCAAGAAAACUUCAGAAGUGCAGCCCCCAGAUGUUGACUGUUAGGAAUAGUCUAUAGGGUCCUCAUAUAAUAGUUUGCAUAAGUAACCGCAUUCGUGUGCUCUGACACAAUGGCUGCAGCUACAUCUAAUUCCGACCAUGUGUAUAUUUAUGAACUAUAGACUAUUUACAUUUGAUUUGAAGCGCAUUCUGUAUUAAUUGGUAACUCUCUGUGCAUAAAAAUUGCAAAUGGAAUUCUCUGA